UUUGGGCUGUUUUUGCCCUUUGGUAGAGUCGUUCCACUUCCCUUGAAUGAGGUCAAGCCUUUCGAAUUUGCAGCCAACGUAACGCGUUUUCAGAAUCGACUGGUACUCAUUAACCUCCGAGUCUCUGUACCUGAAAUCGUCUGCCCCGGCACAGGACUCGUUGAUCAGCCCGACUCGCCCUCCAAUCCCCUUUACGCCGUCCAGCUGCUGACGAUGAGGCUGACCUCACCCACACUGACCAUUCAUGUCCUGGAUAGCGCCGAAACCCACAGGCCGCCCAACCGAUCGGCCAGUGUUUCCAGCUAUUAUGGCUCCGAUAACCUGUCAGCCGUCACUCCGAAUGAAUUUACUUUCGAUUCCGCCUCUCAGUUUACCUUCAACGAAGACGACGAAGGCUCGUCGGAGCCCGUGGUCACAAUGGUGGAGGCUACGCUCUUUGAUGAGGACUACAAGGAAGCGCUGGUUUCACCUCUCCGUCCCCACUGCCUUUUGUGGACUAUGAAUAUGCACCAGUUUGAAUCCCUGAUGCGGCCCACUGGCAAGCCAAAUACAAUUGGCGUUUCGGCCAGGUUUUCGUUCCGGGCCUGUAGCCUUUUUGACCGUGAUUCCUCUAAUAAAGUAACCUACAACUGCACUCUGGUGUGCCAAGUUCCACCACCGCCGGCACCGCCACCACCACCAUAUCGAGGCCCACUGGCUCGUUUCAAGGCUCGUAAAUUCUGA